AUAUAAUAUAAUAUUACAUUUUCAUUCGAAAUAUGGGUUGGGGCAUGUUCAUUUAAUUCAAUGAGGGUUUUAUUGCCCAUGCUUUUUAAAAAAUGUUUCGUUAAUCAAUGUUGUUAAAACAAAGAUGUAUGCUUAAGGGCGCCACAAGGGGGCGCCCCCUGCCAAUUUGGCGCCCUAGGCAGCCACCUUGGUGGCCUGUAGGAAUAACCGGCCCUGGAUGAUGUGGACGUGUUGCACAGCUCUGUUGCUCUUAGUGUUGAGAAAUGUGUAUAUAGCAACAAUCAGGAAGUAAAACAUUAGUCUGUCAUUGCUCUGGUUGAUAUAGUUUAAUCUGAUUUACACAUCAAUAUGGCUGCUCUUCUCAGCUUUCUUCUCAUCUUUACUGGACUAACAGGAAUUCACAGCAUAACAACAGUCAGUGAUGUGUCAGUGAAGACUGGAGGCUCAAUCUCCAUCCCAUGUCUCUAUGGCUCACAAUACAGAAACCAUGUGAAAUAUCUGUGUGAAGGAUAUUAUUUUUCCUGCUGCACUUAUGCAGCUAAAACAAACCAACAAAAUUCCAAAAAGUUUUCAAUCUCUGAUGACAAAAGCCAAAGAAUCUUCACUGUGACUAUAAAUGAUGUGAGCGGUGCGAACACUUAUUAUUGGUGUGCUGUGGAGAUUAAAAAUGAGGGAGAUGUCCGACAGUAUUUUCACCUGUCAGUCACUGGAGAUCGACCCAGUCUCUCUGUGGACAAUCAGAAGGUAACAGGAUUUAUUGGAGGUGAUAUAACCAUCAAUUGUUACUAUCACAAUUCUGGAGAAAUGAAGUGGUGCAAGCUGGGCAGUUCCUGUGUUACAACGUCAUCAGGGUCAAUUGGUGGAACAACAGGGACCAUCAAUGCGAGUGUCCCAAAUGUUUUCACUGUGACUAUGAGUGGACUGAAGUUAGAGAGCAGCGGCUGGUAUUACUGUGUUAAAGGAGACUUACAGAUGCCAGUGCAUGUAACUGUUUUUGGGAGACCUUCCAUCACAAAACCUUUGACACCCACUCCUGAACACGAGAAUCUCACCCUUGUCUUUACAAGCGAAGCACCCACAGCUCAAGGUGGAUACCCAAGUCCUUCUGACCACUUAAAGAUUUUCAGCAUCCGUCUGAGCGUGUUGACCUUCGCUGUAAUGGUGACAUUGUUCAUCUGGUUCAUAGUCAAAAGAUACAGUAAGUAG